GGUCAAUUACAUUUUCUCAUUCUCUCUUACUACCCACAGAUCGAGACCAACGGAAACCCAAUGACGACUAAUUUCAAUGAAUAUAUUCAGCAGAGCAAAAACAACAGUAAAAAUAUACACAAUUGGAGAUUCAGCGCAACAAGAUUCGAAGAAGCUGAUGAGCGUUGGCAAAAGUUUUAUAGAGAGUGCCGGGGCAUUGAACCGCAAAACAAUGAUAAUGGAAGGUUCUGGUUUCCGAUGACACACGACGCCUUCCGACCAAGAAAAUGUUACGAUGAUUUAUAUUCAAAAGUGUGGACGUGGACCAUGGAGGGAGAUCGUCAAAUUCUCAUUACUGGUCAGCCUGGUACAGGCAAAAGGGUUGCUAUGUGGUACCUCAUUUAUCGUGUUAUUCGUGAGACAGAUCUCCAACCAAUCGUUUAUGUGGCCAGACAGACCACAUACGUUUUCUACAAUGGAAAGGUAUUUUUCGGACCCACAAAUGCUUGUGCUUCCGACGCGCUACCCAGUCCCAAGGCCGAACCAGCGACUCUCCUUGCUUUCCUGAAUCUCGACACAACGAGCGCCUCUUUCUUGAGUGUCGGCAAUGCAUCGACCAGGCUCAUCCAGGCCUCCUCCCCCAACCCAAAGAACCACCCAUGGACCAAAAAGGACCUUCUUCAUAUACAACUAGUGCUCCCUCUUUGGACAAAAAGCGAACUUGUGGAAAGCUUUGAAAUGGGAUCGUCGUAUACACGGUUUGUGGAUACGCUACAUGAAUCCUUCGAUGAACAUGGAAACGCGAAAGAAGGCGUCGAUCCUGACUUCGCCAGUCGCUUCAAGUCAGCAUUGGAGCAGGCACGUCUACAAGCAGACACACAUCUCGGUCCUCUCGACCGUACCCUCAAGUUGUCUGUCCUUAUCGGUGCCGCCAUGGCCAAAUUCGGCUCUGUAGCCCGCGACGUCUUCGCAGCCCUCCUCGACCCGCUUAGUGUAGAUGCGGAAGUGGACACCGCUGUUGAUAAGCUCACCUUGGACGAUCUACUCACUGCUUCGAUCGACGUACUAUCCUUACCUGGAAUCUCACAUCGAAUCAUUCUCGCAUCUGCCGAGGGUGAACAGAUCGAUAAGGUCAUGGUAGACCCAAAGUUGAGAAUCACUAUUAAAUCGCCUAACAUCGCCAAUCGGGCAAUGGGCCGACUGCAAGCUUUUGAAGACAAAGAAAUUGUUCAAACCUGUGUCCGUUUACUUUUCGGCUCGUGUGGACGGCCAUUGGCGGGAUGGGUGUUUAAAGAUGUUGCACCGCGAUUCCUCAAAACAUCCCAGAAUGACAUCCCGUUAGUUCCUAUGGUCCCUACAGAUUCCAAGACUACCUCCAAUCCAACGUUCACCACACCAAAAGAUCUCAAAGUUGGAAACACAGUUUUACCGUCCAAGUUAAAGGUUGAAAAAAUCUCCUUCAAAUCAAGCAACUGGAAGAACGUUCCUAGAGACAUUUAUCUUUUCUCCGACGUCUGUAACACGCCGCUGAUGGACAGCAUUCUUAUCCAAACCAAGGGUCGAACUUUUAUACUAUGGGUUCUUCAACUCGCAGUGGCUGAAGGUUGUCAUUACGGUUCCAAGGAAGGAUAUCCACUCAUAGAUGAGAUCAAGCAAUCCCUACUCUCCAAGCCAAAUCAUACUGUUCAAACCCGCUACGUGCUUAUAAAACCAACUUAUUCUGAUUAUUCUUUCGGGGCGAAGGCACCUGCGUUUUGGAAGAUGCCUGAAGGUUGGAUACAACGCAAAGGCGUCGUAUUUUGUGCUUAUCUCCGACUCCAGUGAGUCAAGACCUGUAUAACAUUAUUAUCAUUAUCUAUAAUUUCCCAACGGAUUGGAGAAGGCACUUGGGUCGUGGGAGAUGCCUGAAGGUUGAAGAAGACGCAAAGGCGACGAAAACUCAUCCAUUACGCUCCGUAGAAUAUAAGUCGCGUUUCUGAACAUGCCCUUGUGGAAGAAGAAACACAACGGCACGCGAAAUACGAG